AUGUCGGAAGACACAUCCUCUAACGCCUCCGCCUCUGACUCUAGCCACUCUUCCGACUACAGCGAGUCUUUACCAGACCGCUACUCUGAUGGUGUACCGCGGGCUUUCCUGGACCUGCCCCUCGAAGUCGACUCGGUUCGACUCGAGUACCAUCUGUCAAAGUACGUGCCAUACGGUUGCGCCACUCCCACUGGUCCUGUAUGGCCAGAUACGGGUUUUGUCGGAGAAUACUAUCAGCCCGUCGCCAGCUUUCUGAACUCGACUUUGGACGUAGCACGAGAGGCUUUCGAAAAGUCGGACAAGGAAGUCGAGUAUUGCGCGCUCGAUUUCCUGUUCACAAAGCAAUUCCGAUGGACGGUGUAUAACAAGAGCAUGGGGCCUCCGGAGCAUAGCUCUGACAUGAUUGCCAGACCCGCCUUGGUGGGGUGCAAGCUCAACGACACUUCGCUCUUCGACGACAGUACUCAGAGCGUCAAGGUUGACCAUCACGUCGACCAAUCACACCUCAUCACCUAUGCCGAUAUCGACAAUCGCAAUAUAUAUCGUGCGAUCUUCAAGUCCUCUCUCACCGGUCGAACCACCGUUGACGCCCAGCCGAAUCGAGUCGCCAUACGCUCUAUUGUCUUAUCCAUCGAGGACGGCACAAUAAAGGCGGCUAUUGCGGAUUUGGAUGCCGGGGGAAUUCAACUCACGCACUUGCACAACCUCAAGAACGACGGCGAGUACGAACGCUUCCGGGCACUCCUCGUGGCAUGUACUGCGCUCCCAUCGACGACCAUGGCUGCAACAGGCGCAUCCGCUUCUUUGCUGAUGAGAUCGGAGAUAUGUAUCUUCAGACCUUUUCAUACGUGUCCAUGGCGUGGCGAGGCGUGGAGAGGAUUCGGUCUUACCGGGAAGGUAAUUUUUGGUCUCGUCGCACUCAAUCCUAUGUUCUUCAUCCUACUGGGUCGAAAGACGUCAGAAAGGUCUGGCUACCAGAAACGCCACAAGGAUCUGUAUAUGAGAGAGGUCGCAGAUGAUACCAAUCAAGCUGGUGCAAGCUCCCGCAUCAGUCUGGCGGAUGUCUAUGCGGCGCAUGGUCCACUCGACCUCGUGAAAGCCGUCCUCGGUGCCAUCUAUGGGUUUCGCAACGUCUAUCGAGUCGGAUGGACUCACAAGCAAAUCGGUGCCAAGAACAUCACCGUCGGUCCGACACGAGAUUUCAAGCUAUAUGAUUACAACGUGGAUACCGCAGAGCUUGUCCCGAUCAAGUACGAUAUCGAUUGUCUGAUUGGUGAUGCGGAGGAAGGGCUCUGUGGCAUGUUGAUCGCUUAUGAUCUCGGUGGCGAGAAAGAAGAGGAAGACGUAGAUGACGGCGACGACUUGGGCCUCUUCUCGGAAUCACUGUGCUUCAUGGCAAAUCAAAAGUAUGAAGAUGUCCACUUCUUCCCCGCCACCCAAUCCACAAUUGGCGGUUUGGAGUCUUUCCUCUGGGUCCUCAUCUACGUCCUACUCCGCCAUCACACUCAGGGCGGUACCUUCGACACGCCUGAUGGGCAUCUCUACAACGCUCUGUUUGGUCGAUUGCCCGAAUCCGAUGCCAAACGAUCCGAGUUCCUGGCACAGAAGGGGGUCUCUAAAGACAUGUUCGGAGAAGGACGAUGCCUUGCACCGCUGAAAAAUCUGUUGACUCCAGCCCUCAAGUUCUUCCGAUACCAGUACUCGUGGUGUCUCGACAUGAUGGCCAAGGAGGGUCCGGGGACGUAUCCCUGGACUGAGGAGGAGGAGAAGAGCUCUCUUGAUGAGUGUGUAGACAUCCUCAGCAGAUUCGUGCAGGAGGAGGCGGUAAAGAAGGGGAAACAGCCGGAGAAGUUGUAG